GCGAUGGUGGUGGUCAAGGGCAAGGACAAGCGUCGCGGUAAUGAGGCGGACAACUUGGAAGUGAUCUCACACACGAAGGGCAUGCGCACGUUGGGAGGACCGAGCUCUGGUCGCUUUGCUGCUGACAUGCGCGUCCGCGUCGGUGGGUAUGGUCGUCCGGACCAGACAUGGGGCGUCGACCAUCCGUGGCACAAAACGGGCGAAGUGGACUUACACCAAAUGAUGAGUGCCAAGGAUCGCAUGGAGGACGGCAUGCUGGUCGAAGAAAGGCCGCAAGGUCAUGGCAUGAGCCGCGCGGCGCUCAAGCGAAAGAAGAAGCAGCAGAAACUGGGCAAAGUUCCCCCUGUAGUGGCACCGACGCCGUCUGAACCAGCCGCGGACGACGCGCCCAACAAGAAGUCGUUACCAGUCGAAUCCAAAAAACUGGCGCUCUUUGACGACAGCGACAACGACGAUGUCGAACCUGCUCCCCCAACCAAGAAGCAAAAACCUAGCGAGGACUCCUCCAACGUUGUCAAGGCAAAGAAACAGAAAGCAGCUGCAAAGCCGGCUCACAAGACCAAGCGAGAGCUGCAAAAACAACAGCGAGAGAAGGAGGCGGCGGCAAAGGACCUGGCGCUGCUGGUGGAAGAAAAGCCCGUGCAACUCGUCCUCCCGCUCGCAGAACGGGAGGCGCUUGUGGCUCAAUAUGACGCUGCUUUGGGUACCGACGUCAAGUGCCCAAGCGGUCUCGUGCUGCGUGACACGCAACUCGGGCGCGGCCAGCUUCCCCAGCCCGGCCAAAUGCUGACGGUGCGGUACAAGGGGUCAUUGGGUCAAGGCGGGACUGUGUUUGGCAAAGGAAUGUUGAGUGUCAAGUUUGGCGAAGGCGCCAUCAUCUCUGGGUGGGAAGAAGGGCUGGCAACGAUGCGACCCUCCGGCAAACGACUCCUUACAAUCCCUCCGGAGCUAGCGUAUGGCGCGGCGGGCAAAGGCGACAAGAUCCCACCGCAUAGCACGCUCUUUUUCGACGUUGAGCUCGUGCGCAUUGGUACUCGGCAACGCGACGCUGUCGGCGACGACGACAUCCCGCUGCCCAAGGCGUUUGUCCGUCAACGAAUCAAGGACAAGGCGUCCGACGCGAAACUCAUGACCGAGACAGACGGCAAGUCAAAGGGCAAGCAGAUCGAUUCCACGAAGGGACCCAAACUAUCACAUAAGAAGCGGGGUACCCACCACCCCUAAUCGAGACUUGUCGUUCGAAUCUGUGGUCGCUCUUUGAAUCGUUAGCAGCAGCUGUAAUACUGGUUUUCCC